AUGGGGGUUACAAAACAGUCCGUUUCACAAGGGCCCCUCAGCGGUCCUCGGAGACUCCCGAGAUUCCCCCGGCCUGUGUUUUCCUCGAUCGCCGCGCCCGGAAAUCUUCCCUUCCUCCUCCUCCUGUCUGUGAAUUUCCUGGACUUCUCGUCUCCUCUCUUUCGGGGCGCCGAGCCGCACGCCCUCGUCCUGCACGCAGCAGCGAAGAAGGUUCUUGGCUUGGCGAGAGGAGGAACCUACGAGCCUGUGGCGGAAUUCUGCUUCACAAUUCCAGAGGGACAAAAAGGUCGAAUCAUGGCGCAGACUAUGGUCAGUGCUACUGGACACGAGCUGGUGAUCCUCAACAAGACGGAGAGCGAAGUCCUCGCAGGGUUGCACCACGACUUGAACACUGGCGCAGACGAAACGCCGAUUUGUCACCAACUCAUCAAAGGCGCCCGCGUCCGGGAACCCCUCGUGGGAGGCGUGCCGAUGGAAUUCGAAGGCAGUGUCCCUUCCCUCUACGCGAUGGAUCUCUCGGUGGACUCCAAUAUCAACGAGCAGCACAUCACAGUCUGGAUCACCAGAUGCCGGCACAACGCACCUGUGGACGCGAUGUACCACCUGGAGUUCACCAAUCCCGGAGGCUUCUGGGAGCAACACUUCUCCUGCCAAGACCAAGGUCUCCUGCCUCUGUACCUCGUGGCGCUUGUCUUUUGCGGAGUGAGCGGCCUGGCGAGUUUUUCCACCUGGCGAGCGCUCGAUCGAGGCUCGUCGGCGCCCUCGUCCCUCGCAGCAGGAAGUUUGUGCGCCGUGGGUCUGUUCUCGCUCGCCGUCCUCCUCAACGCCGUCCAUCUUUUCGUCUACGCGUCUGACGGAGGAGGCCUGAGCGUUUUGAAGUUUCUCUCGCAAUUUUUUGAAGCUUGCAUGCGCUGCUUGCUGUUCGUUCUCAUCGCCUCGGUGGCGACGCGUUCGACUGCGGGGGGGCCAGCAGUUUCUCAGCAGUACCACGCUUUGGCUGUGAUGGCCGCGGCUAUCUACGCCGCAUGCCAACUAGUUUACAACCUGGCGGAGUCUCAAACCUACAACAGUGUCUCUGCCUACGCGUGUCUCCGCACAGUCUGGGGCCUGCCGUUCAUGCUAGGAAACGUCAUCGCCACAGGCUUCGUCCUGCUCGUCUGCGUCAACAAUGCUCUGUUCACUGGAGACUUGGCCAGUCGACGCUUUCAGACCAACUUCGCGACAGGAUGCCUCAUCUACUUCGCGGUGCCGCUCGUCCUUGUCCUGGGCACGAAAGGCUCUCCGUUGACUGACACUGCAACGAUGCUGCUCGUCGAGUUUUUUGCGGCUCACGUUUUGCAGCGACUUUUGUGUCGGCCGACAACCCCUGCCUCGCUCGGGUCGGGAACCAAGGGCCUUCCAGCGUCUCUCCACGAAGCUCAUCCGUACACCGGAAUUUGA